AUGGCCGAUGAUUAUUGUGAAAUCAGUGAAGAUGACAUUAAAGCAGCAAGACAAAUUGAAGAAGCACUUGAGAAUGAGAGCUUGACCUCAGCUGCAGGCAAGAUUCAAGAGUAUUUGAAGAAGAUUAGUGAUGUGCAGCUGAAUAUUGCUAUCACAGGGGAAUCUGGCUCUGGUAAAUCCACCUUCAUCAAUGUGCUCAGGGGCCUAGGGGAUGAAGAGGAAUUCUCUGCUCCAACUGGUGUGGUGGAGACCACUCUGAAGGCAACGCAUUACCAACACCCAAAACAUCAAAAUGUAAAAUUGUGGGAUCUUCCUGGUAUCGGCACCACAAAUUUCAAACCUGAGACAUACCUUCAGCAAGUUGGAUUUGAUUGCUAUGAUUUCUUCAUCAUAGUCUCGUCAGACCGUUUCAGAGUCAAUGAUGUUAACCUGGCCAAGAUGAUCCAGGAAAUGAAGAAGAGUUUCUACUUUGUACGCUCUAAGAUCGAUAGCAACAUAGAUGCAGAAAAAAAAAGGAAGAAGAAUUUUAACCAGGAUGAGACACUUCAAAAUAUCAGACAGAACUGUGUUGAAGGACUUCGAGAUCAUGGUCAGGGGUUUCCUCAGGUCUUCCUCAUCUCCAGUUUUGAGCUACAUCUCUAUGAUUUCCCCAAUCUGGUGGAGACGAUGGAGAAGGAACUUCCUGAUCACAAGAGGCGUGUCCUGCUGCUAUCCAUUCCCAACAUGAGCCUGAAAAUCAACCAGAGGAAGAAAGAGAAUCUCCAAGCCAACAUAUGGAGAUCAGCUCUUGUAUCUGCCUGUAUGGCAGUAAUACCAAUUCCAGGUCUCUCUUUUAGUGUAGAUAUAACCAUCUUGAUAAGAGAGAUCAGAAUGUACUAUCAGGCUUUUGGUCUUGAUAAUGAGUCUCUGAAGAGCCUUGCUGAUAGAACAAAUGUGCCAGUGGAGGAGCUGAAAGCAAUCCUCAAGUCCCCUCUGAACAAGGAGAUAUCCCAAGACAUGGUUAUCAAAAUGCUGACCAAAACAACUGGGGCAACAUUGAUGCUGGUUGAGUACUUAUUGAGUACCAUUCCAGUCUUUGGCUCCACAGCUGCAUGUGGCAUUUCAUAUGGCACCACCUACUACAUGCUGAACAACUGUCUGAAUGAGCUGGCCGAAGAUGCACAAAAUGUACUGAUGAAGGCACUGAAGGUCGAUGAGUGAGAUAAUGUCAAAGAUAGUUUUUGGAUUGUGUUUAUCACAAUCGAGGGAUGUGUUUUCAUAAGUGCCUUUAUGUUGCCCAAAAAUAUACAUUAAAUACUAUGCUUCUUAUUGCUUAUUCAUACAAAUUUAAUCUCUAUAACCUACUGUAUGAAAUCUAUUAUUUUAGUUUGAAAGGAUUCUAUAAACACCAUGACAGUCAAAUCUGAAGUUUUGAGACUAUUGCAUAAUCAUUAAAUAUUUUUGCUUCUGGAUUUGAAAAUAAUACUAGUUAAGAUUUAAUCAAUAUUACUUGCCUGAAAUGUAAAGGUUGUGGUUUACAAAGGAUUAUAUACUCUUACAAUAUUCUUAUGUUAUUAAAAUGUUAUUCAUGUUUUUACAUCAGAAGAAGGGAGAAAUAACAGAGUAUAUCUGUUUAAUGUUAAUGAU